UGCCAGGAGGGCAGAAGAGAAGCCGCCAGUGCCUGUUUUUUGACUUAGCAUCUUCAGAUUUUACUGUGGUAUAUUUUGUCAUUAUGAGAUGUCGUCUACCAGUGCUUCAUUUGUGCAGAUUAGAUUUGAUGACUUGCAGUUUUUUGAAAACUGCGGCGGAGGGAGUUUUGGAAGUGUCUAUCGAGCCCGAUGGAUUUCUCAGGACAAGGAGGUGGCUGUAAAAAAGCUGCUCAAAAUAGAAAAAGAGGCAGAAAUACUCAGUGUGCUCAGUCACAAAAACAUCAUUCAGUUCUAUGGAGCUGUCAUUGAACCUCCAAAUUAUGGCAUUGUUACAGAAUAUGCUUCUGCUGGCUCACUGUUUGAUUACAUUAAUAGUAACAAAAGUGAAGAGAUGGAUAUGGAUCAUAUCAUGACGUGGGCAACAGAUAUAGCUAAAGGAAUGCACUACUUACAUAUGGAAGCUCCAGUUAAAGUAAUCCACAGAGACCUGAAGUCCAGGAAUGUUGUUAUAGCUGCUGAUGGCGUUUUAAAGAUCUGUGAUUUUGGUGCCUCAAGGUUCCACUCCCAUACAACACACAUGUCAUUAGUUGGUACCUUCCCAUGGAUGGCCCCUGAAGUUAUCCAGAGUCUUCCAGUGUCUGAAACAUGUGACACAUAUUCAUAUGGAGUGGUUCUCUGGGAGAUGCUAACAAGGGAGGUCCCCUUUAAAGGCUUGGAAGGAUUACAAGUAGCUUGGCUUGUAGUGGAAAAAAACGAGAGAUUAACCAUUCCAAGCAGUUGUCCCAGAAGUUUUGCAGAACUGAUGCACCAAUGUUGGGAAGCUGAUUCAAAGAAAAGGCCGUCUUUCAAGCAGAUCAUUUCAAUUCUGGAAUCGAUGUCAAAUGACAGGAAUCUUCCAGACCAAUGUAACUCAUUCCUGCAUAACAAGGCAGAGUGGAGAUGUGAAAUUGAGGCAACCUUAGAGAGACUAAAGAAACUGGAGCGUGAUCUGAGCUUUAAAGAGCAGGAACUAAAGGAACGAGAGCGACGUUUGAGGAUGUGGGAGCAGAAGUUAACCGAACAGUCCAACACUCCUUUUUUCUUACCUCUUGCUGCAAGAAUGUCUGAGGAGUCUUACUUUGAAUCUAAAACAGAGGAGUCAAACAGUGCAGAGAUGUCAUGUCAGAUCACAGCCACAAGUAACGGGGAGGUAGCUGGCAUGAACCAAAGUCUGAAGGCCUUGAUGAUGACGGGCUUUGGGGAUAUCUUCUCUCUGAACAAAGCAGGAUCUGUCCUGCAUUCUGGAAUGCAGAUAAACAUGCAAGCCAAAAAGAAUUCUUCUAAAACCACCUCUAUGAGAAAAGGAAAGAAAAUCAACAUGGCUUUGGGUUUCAGUGAAUUCGACUGGUCAGAUGACGAUGAUGAUGAUGAUGAUGAUUAUUUUGAUGACACAGAUGAUAGCAGCGAAUGAAAUCAGUUACAGAAUUAAAUCUGAAAUCGUUUUUUGCAAAGCAAAACAAUAAAGCUUUAGAAAAGAAUCCUGUCAGUUUGGUCUGUUUAAAUCCUGUAAAAGAAAAAAAGUGAGUUUUCUAGGCUGAGCAUGUUUGUGUGUAGAAAGACAUAUUGUUUUUGUUUAUAUUGUGUUGACUUAUUUCUACUUUGAUGAAAUUUGGAACUAAACUUUCAAAACUAAUAGAGAUUAUUAUUAUUUUGAGAAGCAUUAUUACAACUAUAAUUCUUGAUGCCUGAUUACAGAAACUAUGGUUUGAUGAAUUUAAGAUAUGAAAACAUUGGGGAAAAUUUUAAUGCUUAUUGUACAUCAAUUUUUUUCUUUGUUUAUGUCAUUUUCCUUACCUCUUUUAUGGUCAAUCAUAUGAAUAUACUUGUACUUCCAGAUUUGCUUUUCCUCUCAAAUCCUUUCUUACUAUUGCAGUGAAGGGGUUUGCUGUGCUUGUAAUUUAAGGUCCUUUUUAAGGCAGCUUUGUGGAAUAUCACAAAUUUGUUUCUAGGAAAAAAUGAAGCUUGGUUGAGAGAAAUAGAGGGGUUAGUUAAAUAUACAAUUUAAAAACUGAAUAGCAGAAUAGUAUAGAUAAUCCCUAUUAGUAGCUGAUUUGUAUAGAUGUUCUCUUUUCUCUUGUGUGUGUGUGUGUGUGCGUGUGUGUAUACAAUUCACUCUAGUAUAGCCAACUGCAAUCAGACCUCUGCAUCUAUUAUCAGUUAUUGUGAUCUAGAAGCUGAUUUUCAGGUUGAUGUAAAUCCAGGAAGCCUCAUUAACUUUGAUGGACUUACUCUUGUACCUGAGAGUAAAAAUCAGUGUCGCGUUAUUUACAGCAGAUUUUGCUUCUGUUGUGUCUCUUAAACCACGUGUGCCAUCCUUGUGAAAAGGGGAAGAGAAGUCACAAAGACAUUUCUGCUCGGGCUCGACUACUGUGACUGAUAUGAAAUUCUCAGUGAUGGUGGUAAUGUGAGGAAUAUUUGCUAGGCUCUUAUUAUCUGUUUGUGCAGCUAAAUCACUUUUAUUGUAUUGCCGCUGCUGUUAUGACUGAUCAUAAAACUCAAUGUGUAACAACCUGCUGCAAUAAUUGCCUGCCAGACACUUGUAUUGAGAGCAGUGAGUACAGUUCUCCUGAUGACCUCUUUAGUGGUGAUGCAGAAGGAGGGAGGGAAACUAGUGCAAACACAAAUGCAAGUUAGAAAGGAAGAUGUUGUAAAAUAUUUGCCCAGUGAAGAAGGGCAGCGUUUCAAAAGAAAAAUGUUACUGUCUAGUUUAGUUAUAGUGGGAAUAAGUAAUCCAAAUUCUGUUCUCAAUUACUGGAGGGGUUUCUUUUAUGAAAACUUGUGUUUUUGAGUGGCUGCUUUAAUUAUAGGCCUGUCUGUUACACAUCUAACCUACAUAUCGUGGUGCGUGUUUUUAUAGAGAGCUUAAGGAGCAAUGGAUACCUUAGAUGACAGCAGGCCUGAAAUCAUUAUGUGUUCAGGCAACAGAAGAGAAAGUUCUUUGAUGGAGUUUCCCUUGAGUGAGGAGUAGACGGAUGCCUCUUUGGGAUGUGAGAAGGAAUGGUUUUAUUCGUACAGCCCAGCACUGGUCUGAUAACCUACAAGGCCAUCACUACUCCUGUUAGGGCUAGCUUACACUGUUCAAUUUUCACAGGAUUCGGCCCUCUAAAUGCUUAAUUUCUGUAGGAUAUCCACAUUCCACCUCCUGCCUAACAGUUGCAAUUGUAAUUUAAAUGAUAUAAUAGGUUUAUUGUAUAUCCCAAGGGGAAACUUACUCCUUCAGUAUAGAUAGUGAUGGCACUGUAGGUCCUCCAAAAUACCCUGAUUUUAGGGAGAAGGAGGAUAUUGAAGAGCAAAGAAUUAAAUGGAAGUUAGAGCAAAUAGGCUAUUUACAGUACAGAUUUCUAUUAUUUUUGUAAGUGUAUGUCUUCUAACACCCACAGCAAUAAUGUUAUUUUUGUAUCUGCCAUGUUAUACCCAGGAAAACUUGAUGGAUUUGUGUGAUCUAAUAUGUGCACUUAAGAUGCUGUUAUUGUGCAUAAAUUAUUGUACUACAUAUCCAGUUUAGUGUUGUACAGCUUUAACUGAGAAUACAUUUGGUUCAAAAUAUUUAAUGUUAAAAAAAAAUUUUGUCCCAGCACAGAUGUUUUGCACUAUUUUAGCAUCUGACACUUUCAAAGCACUUUAUGCACAUUUAUAUUUGUGUAGGUUUUAAUUGAAUUUUUAAAUCUGCUCCUUAAUCUUUACAGAAUGAAAAAUAGUCCUUAACUAGUAUAUGACACAGGGUUUCUUAGCUACAAAAAUACACAUGUGAUUUAUUUCAGCAAAAUAUCAUCAAAAGGUGGUAGCAUGCUCAAGAAUUUCUGCUGGUUAGAAAAAACUUAAAAGUUUUGAUUUUUCCUUUUUUUAGUGAAACAAAAGUAGAAUUUCUCCCUUUCCUUUUUUUCCCCUGUAACUCUUUUUGUCAAACCUAAUUAAGCUGUGUUAAAGAAAAAUUAAAACUCAAAAAAUUUGCCUUCUAUAUUCAAAGUAGUAAAGGUCUCAGAAUUGUAGAAAACCUUAAGGUGAUAACACGAGAAACUCUUCUGAUGCAGUUCUCUUAAGAUAGUGUUAUACUUAGAAUAUAUAUAAUAUAUAUAUAGGAUAUAAUGUUAUACUUAGGCUGUGCUUAUUAAAAAAAAAGAUGCUAUUGAUUCCAUUUUUAUUUUCCUGUGAUGACUUUCGUACCAGAUGUCUCCAGUUUACUAGCCAAAAAUCAUAUAUGAGAAUAAAGAUGUAUUGUUUCUGCUUCUGACAUGCUUCUAACUAGAUAAAGAUUUUGCAAACGGCUCUCUGGUGUGCAGGUGUGUUAGUGUGGAGGAGAUCAGAGAAUUUCAUUUUUCACACUUGAUUUUGCUCUACAGCACUUCUGCCUGUAUCAUCACCAUAAUAUCCAUAUCGGUAAUAGUCAACAGCGGCAUAGCGUUUCAGGUUGUGAAAGUGUUACCCAAAUGCCGUAGGUGUUCCUCUGGCUGCUCUGGGCUGUGAGCGAGGGCACCGAAAGCUUUCCCACGCCUCGUACACCUCUCGGCGUGCUAGUCCCUACCAGCUCUUUUGAGAUUCAAAUUUUCUCUGCCUUCUGUAGAGCUCUGGAAGUAUCUUCAGUAAAAUAGUAUUGCUGCAUAUUACUGAAGAGAAAUUAAGAGCCAGGCUGGAAUUUUUCAUUUUUACCAGGCUGUUGUGCUACCAAUGUUGACUUAAAUAAAUGGACAAAUGCCUGUGGGAAGAAUAGUGAGGACGAUCUUUUGGUUUGCGUAAAGGUGCGAGUUGAGUUGGGACUGAGACAGGAUGUCCUAACUCCUGACUGAUCCUUCAGAACUGGGAGAAAAUGAAGGGGAGGAAUCUGCUGAGUAAAACUUCUCAUUUAGCUGUUUUUGUGACUAUCACAACACUACUUCCUUGGAGUAGCAAGUGUCCUGCCAUAUAGUGGGUAGGUGUGCUGCGUCACCAGGCCAGAUUCAGUUAGAGCUUGACUGGGAAUUUGUCUCCUCUAGAUGGAAAGAAGGACUUCUGAGAGGUGAGAUGUGCGGUGGCUCCUUGUCACACAGUCUCGUUCUUGACUUGUCAUUCGUUUAUCAUUUCAGGAGGUGUGUUAAUGUUGAUUUCCUUUCCAUCUAGAUUUUAAAGCAAUUAUUCUGGGUUAAAUAUUUGAUGCAGUAAUGAUUUAUAUUGCUAUCAGCAGCAGUAAAUCCAUAGUGUUCAUAUAGCUGUUAAGUAUCUAGCAGAGUUAUUGUGUGUCUUUAGUACUGUAGUUCCUUUUUCUGUAAUCAGGCAGCUUUUACAGGUUUUUAAUAAGACCUCUAACUUGACAGAGGUUUUAACUACAGUCCUAUGUAGAAUCCAACGUUCAGGUAGAAAAAUAAGUUCAUUUAAUAAUUUUCACAGCCCUUAAAAUGUCCUGGUAGGAAUCUGGAGGAGAAUGGUUUUUCUUUUCCCCCCAGACUUCAACUUAGAGUACACUGUAAAGUCUGCACAGAGAUUUCUGAUGUGUGAAGAUUUAAUUUUAAAACUGUAGAACCAACAAACUUUAAACAUUUUAUAUUGUGUGCUAAAUAUUCAUAUGCCUCUUAAAAUCAGAUAUAGUCCACUGCAUUUCUUGCUUUUGCACUACUGAAAAAAUUUUGUAUUGAAUAAUAGGAGUCGAUGCUACUUACACUUCAAGUGUGAUCAGAUGAAAUUUGAAUAGAAAAUAUUUUCAGUGUUAGAAAACUUCAUUCUCCCUCUGAAGAAACAAUGCGGAGCAACACCUGUGCCAAAACUCCUGUGCUGUAAACUGAAUAUAUAAUUUGUGUGGAACGUGCAAUGUUACAUUUCUGUGUGGUUAAAACCUUGCAGCGUCAGUUAUUUUCUUUAUUGCACUUGACAUAUGAUGUCUUGUUUUAUUCACACUGUGGAUUUGAUUUUCCAGUGUAAAAACAGAGCAAACAGAUGAAAAGAAACCAUGCAAUGUAUUCAGUUCCUCAGUUGGUGUCAUAAACUUUCUUUUGAUGUGAACUUUUUCCUUUGCUUCUCUUUGUUUUAAACUUCUAUUUUGCAAUAAACAUUUUGACAGUAAA